AUGUCGUCGAUACUCUUUCAGCCACUAUUACAUGAUCCAUUGGGAUGGAAACAAUCAAAUACAACAUAUAAUGAUACGUUUAAAUCCAGAAGUUAUGCUGGACCAAGUAAUAGUACAGAAAAAAAAUUUUCGCCAUAUGGUCAACAAUACCAGAGACUAAUGCGAAAACAACAAGAACAAAUGAAAUUAUAUCGAUCAAAUCCUUAUUUCGAAGAUUCAUCAUAUGAAGAAGAACAACAACAACUACCAAAUCCACGAGUUAUUCUAUGGAAAAAAAAUGAGGAAUUUCAAGAAGCACCAUCAGCAGUUUAUCAACUCUCACGAUCAAAUACAAUGCCAGUUGCUUCUGAUGAUCUGUCUGGUUAUGUUGUUGAAUGGAAAAAACAACCUGGUUCAACUCAUAGAGAAACUGUCUAUGACUCAGUUCAACGUUUACCAACAGCAUCAGCGGCUUCUAGAGCAAGAUCAUUGGAAGCUCGACAAGAUCAAAAAGAAGAAAGUGGCAAACGUAGAAAUGAUUCAAAAGAUAAUUUUAAUCGACAUUGGCUUACAUAUGCAAAUCCUAAAACACCUCCAAAAAUAAUUGAUAUUAAACAACGUUUGGGACAAUUAAAAGCGCCUUCAACAUUAUCUCGAUCAUUAUCAGGAUAUAAUGAAAAAACAGAAGCUUGUCUUGUUGAACGUCGACAAAAAAAUCGUGAUCCACGACAUUUACUUGAUUGUGACAUUCCUGAUACACCACAAGAAUUACGUGCUGCACGUCAUCGUAUUGAAAAACAUCGAUAUCAUCAAUCAUUGGAUAAUUUUCCACCUCAACAACAAACCUAUCGAGAAAAUAUAGAUGAUUAUUCUAAACCAUCAGUUGUUUCUGAAUAUGAAGAUGAACAAUUACAACAUAAUCAAACAACUUUAACAAACGAUGGAACAGAAGUUAACGAUGAAGAAAAUGAAGCACCUGUUAAUGAAUCAUCAUCAGGUGUAUUACAAACAGCUGACGAUGAUGAAUUUCCAGGUGACUAUGUUGAUCCAUCAGAAGCAUCGGAAGAAGCAUAUGAUGAAUAUGUUAGAAAUUUAAAAGCAAAUAAUGAAAAACGAUCAGAAAAUAAUACACUUUAUCGUCUUCCAUCAACAGCUGAUCAACAGGAAUCAUGUGUUGCUUAUUGUCAGCAACAACAACAACAACCACCGUCAUAUUCAACAAAGAAAAAAAAUAGUGAAAUACGUCGGAAUGAAUUUGAUACAUGGAUUCGAAAUGCAACAGACAAAGAACGUGAACAAGCAAUGAAAAUGUUAAAUGCAGUUGUAAAUCGACCCAUUAUGGGUUAUGAUAUUCCAAAAAAACCACAACCAGUUCUUUUUAAACCAUCACCAGUUAUAACUCCUGGUCGUACAGCUUCAAAUUCUAGACAAUUAGGUCAAGCUCGUAAUCAUCAACGAGUUCCAUGUGACAUAUGUGAAAAACAACUUAUUAAACAUCAUAUCUGGAGUUUAAGUCGAUCAACUUCAUUAAAUUGUCCUCAUCAAGAUUAA